GCCAUGAUACCAUAGAAGCAGCAGCGUUGUGUCCGGCCGUAACUAGCGAAUCUUGCUGCAAAAAAACAAACAUUUCUCAAUCUCAUCCCUUUCUUCCCUAACAUGUAUAAACUACAGCUGCUUAAUCUGUUUCUCAACGAAAAAUUAAUAUCAGUUCCUUUGGAGAUAUCCGUGGCAGUUAAAAAAACGAUAGCAGAGCACCAGGAAGAAAUCUGCCGUUUGAGACGGGCGAAUGAACGUUUACGAAGAAUCCUGGAUUUGGUUUUCAAACCAGAGAUAAAGUUGCAUAAAUUAGCAGACCUCCAGCAAUUCAUUCUUCCUGAAGAGGUUAACUGUGGCCAGCAGCACUGUGAGCAGGAAUGGAGUGCCAAUCUGGGGCCGGUGGAAUCUGAUGCCGUAGAGUCUAUAUGGGACUCUAUCAACAUCAUAACGGUAGAGAACCAAACAGAAUCGGAAGACGAGAGCAACAGAGAGUCCCAAUCAACCAGUGACUAUCAGCCCCACUCUGAUGUAAACCCAGACAGUGACAAUGAAAAAGUGGAUGGAGUGGUGAGCAGAAUACCACCGUCAAGGUCAAAGAGGGGAAGAGGACGGCCAAGGAAGCACACCGGUGAGUCACCUGAUCUGAAAUGUGACGUGUGUGGGAAAUUAUUGGCGACAGCAGCUAAUCUGAAAAGGCAUCAGCAAAAUCAUCACCGUGAAGAGAGACCAAGAAAAGAAACCAGUGGAUUGCCUGAUCUAAAAUGUGACGUGUGUGGAAAAUGCUUUACGGCAGCACGUAGUCUGAUGAGGCAUCGGCGGAAUCGGCACAGUGAUGAGAGACCAUACAUGUGCGACACAUGUGGACAAUGUUUCACCCUGAACUGCUACCUGACCCGGCACAUGAAGCGGCACACGGAGGAGAGACAACAUUGUUGCACCGAAUGUGGCAAAUGUUUCUUUCACCAAGAGAACCUGGAAAAUCAUAUGGGUGUUCAUAGAGGGGGGGAUUUUAAAUGUGAUGUGUGUGGAAGAUGCUUGACGACAAAAGGUGGUCUGAAAUUUCAUCAGAAAAAGCACACGGAACAGAAAACGCAUCGGUGUAAAGAAUGUAGCAAAGCCUUUUUCUGCAGGUCAAACCUGAAAAAGCAUAUGAGGAUUCACACGGGGGAGAAACCAUUUUGGUGCAAAGAAUGUGGCAAAUGCUUUGGUGAGAAUGGAAGCCUGUCAAAGCACAUGAUGACUCACACCGAGGAGAAACCUCAUCGCUGUAAUGAAUGUGGCCGAUGCUUCGGUCUGAAGGGAAACCUGACAGUUCAUAUGAGGACUCAUAGAGGUGAGGGAGUGCAAUGUCAUUUGUGUGGAACUCGCUUGAAGUUAGCUUCAAGUCUGAAAAGACAUCUGCGAACUCACAGAAAGAAUAUUCAUAAUGACUGAGAACGUGUAAAAAUCCUUUGUGUAAAAUGUGUUAGUUGAAAGAUAGAAUAUUAAGGGGACAUACCCCUCAGGUCACUGCUUGUGGUUAAAAGUACUGUCUGAAGAAUCUGUUCAAUGGUAAAUUCCAUUUAUAUAGUCGCCUAUUAAGGCAUCAAUCAUGAGCUAAGCACAAAUGUUUUACUUUAUAUUGGUUACUUUUUAAAAAUAAAUUGGGUAGAGCCCAGAGAAAGGA